UGCGCACAAGGGGGUACCAUAGACCUUUCUUUGUUAUCUGUUUCUUGUUCGAUGGCUAGAGGUUAAAUUACAGAUUUUCUUAUUGGAGAUUUUCCGCAUUUUUUUCCCAGUAAGUAGGUUUUCAUAGGUGCAGUGGGAGCAUUUUUUUUCUAUUUACUGCUUCAUAUUCUAGAAAUGGAAUGGAGCAAAGAGGCGUUAAGCAUCCUAAUUCAGGCGUACGGCGAGGGAAGGUGUAUGUACGACCCACACGACCCGCUAUAUCAUAAUAAGAAUGCCAGGAAAGAGAAACUGGCAUUGAUAGGCGAUAAAGUGCGCGCAGUUUUGCCCAGUGCGACAGACGAGGACUGCAAAACUCGUUUCAUGUCCCUGAGGUCGCAUUUUUGUGGAGAGAUGAAAAAAGUAAGAGCUAGUGAGCACAGUAGUGCAGGGGCAAGGGACAUUUACGAGCCCACGGUGUGGUGGUUCUGUCCCUUAAAGUAUUUAAAGGGCUACGUGACACCAAGGAGAACGGUGACCAACAUCCCAAGCUGUAUGAUACCACAGUCACAUUCAUCAAAUCUGUGUGGCAGGGCCAUUGUUAAUGACUCUUGUAAAACUGAGGUGACCACAGCAACUGAAGAGGUCACAAUAAAUGAGGAAUGUAGUGAAGAUGACAACAGUAAUCACUCCCAAGACAUAUUUACUAUGGGAUGUACAGAGGGAAGUACACCUGUGUCAACACCUCGGUUAUCAUCACAAUCGUCUCUAAGGGAACCUUAUGCUUCAGCAAGAAAGAGGCGUAGGAGGGACAGUGAGGAUGAAUUGGCCGCCUCGACUUUGUCUGUUUUAAGAGACAUUCAAGUGUCAGUUAGUGGCAGUAAUGAAGAUGAUAAAUUUGGGCAGUAUGUUGCUGCUGAAUUGAAAAAAUGAAAAAUCCAGCAAUUAAGGCUGAAGUAAAAUUGAAUGUGAUGAAAUCUAUCAUAGAUGGCAUUCAUAAAGAAAUCAGUACCUGAUUUUAAA